UCGGAAGCCAGUCAGUUGUAUUUUCACAAUGUCGGUGAUCAACACGUUUGUGGCCAUGUGGCGGUUCCUGCUGACCCUUGGCCCCUCGGCCAUGGUCAUCCUGCUCCUGAACAAGGGAAUCAUCGAUAAGAGACCAGAUAUUGUGGACGAACCGCAUCGCGUUCGCUCGAUAAAUAUAGGAGAUCUACGGAGUUCCUACGAUUUCAUAGUAAUUGGCGGUGGUACGGCGGGUUGUGUUUUGGCCUCAAGACUCUCGGAGAAUCCGGAAUGGAGUGUUUUGCUUUUGGAGGCUGGCGGGGAUGAGCCCCUGCUUAUGGAUUUGCCGCAGUUAUAUCCGGUAUUCCAGCGCAGCCCUUGGGAUUGGAAGUACUCCACGGAACCCUCGGAUCGAUACUGCUUGGCCAUGGAGGAUAAGCGUUGCUUUUGGCCCAGGGCCAAGGUCCUUGGGGGCUGCAGUUCCAUUAAUGCCAUGAUGUAUAUACGCGGAAAUAGGCGGGACUAUGAUCACUGGUCGGAACUGGGAAAUCCUGGUUGGAAUUAUGAUAACAUUCUGCACUAUUUCCGCAAGGCAGAAGACAUGCGGGUUCCUGGCUUCGAACACAAUCCCUAUCAUGGUCACGGUGGUCCCAUCUCCGUGGAAAGAUAUAGGUUUCCCUCGCCGCUUUUGAAUGUUUUCAUGACGGCCGCCCAGCAGAUGGGCAUGGUCAACCCGGAUGCGGACUUUAAUGGUCGUUCUCAGACGGGAUUUGCCCCACCCCAUGGAACUUUGAGGAAUGGACUGCGUUGCAGUGCCAACAAGGGUUACCUUCGACGAAGUUGGCAGCGUCCCAACUUGGAUAUAGUCCUGAAGGCCUUCGUGGAGCGCAUCCUGAUCGAUCCUCAAUCCCAUCGAGCCGUGGGAGUGCUCUUCGAAUACGGUCUUCUCAAGCAUACGGUCAGUGCCACAAGGGAGGUUAUCCUAUCCGCAGGUUCGCUGGCUAGUCCGCAACUUCUGAUGGUCAGUGGCGUCGGUCCCAGGGAGCAACUGGAGCCACUGGGCAUUCCGGUGCUGCAGCAUCUGCCCGGAGUGGGUGGCAACCUACAGGAUCACGUAUCCACCUCGGGAGCCAUCUACACUUUUGACAGUGGUCAAAACCGACACCUGUCGUUCAUUGUCCCUGAGAUGAUGAAUGAGCAGGCGGUGGAGGACUUUGUCCAUGGAGCCGAUAGCUUCUUCUACGCCAUGCCCGUGAGUGAGGUGAUGGGCUUCUUUAGUACUCGCUAUCAGGAUCCCCGUUUGGAUUGGCCAGAUGUCCAGCUUUUUAUGGGCAGCUAUGGCUAUGGAGCCGAUGGUGGAAUGAUUGGUCGCCGAGGAGCUGCCAUCACAUUGGAUAACUAUGCCGAGACCUUUGAACCGGUGCUCUAUCAGGAUUCCUUUGUGAUAGCUCCAUUGCUGAUGCGUCCACGCUCCAGGGGAUUUCUACAGUUACGCUCGGCGGAUCCCAAGAUCCAUCCGCUGAUCCAUGCCAACUACUAUGACGAUCCCCUCGACAUGGCCGUGAUGGUGGAGGGCCUGAAGAUGGCCCAUCGCCUAACCCAGACGCCGGUGAUGCAAUCCCUGAACGCCACCAUGAACAUCUACGAGUGGCGCAAUUGUCCCGAGGUGGAGUACCUGAGCGAUGCCUUCUGGGAAUGCCUGGCUAGAUUCUACUCCCAGACGAUCUACCAUCCAGUGGGCACCUGCAAAAUGGCACCCACUUCGGAUCCCGGCGGAGUGGUGGAUCCCCGGUUAAGGGUUCGGGGAAUGCGGGGUCUGCGGGUCAUCGAUGCCAGCAUUAUGCCCACUAUUCCCACGGGAAAUACCAAUGCUCCCACUUUUAUGGUCGCAGAAAGAGGGGCGGAUAUAAUCAAGGAGGAUUGGCAGCACUACAGAGAUGGCGGUUGGAGUUAGGUACUAUAAUAUCAUAUCUUUUUUAUAAAGUUUUCCAAAUACAAUCACAGUGGAAUUUCAAA